UCUGGUCAAAGUUAUGGGAAGCGCAGCCAUGGACACCAAGAAGAAGAAAGAGGUUUCCAGCCCUGGAGGGAGCGGAGGCAAGAAAAACCCCAGCCUGAAGCGACGGUCACUACGAGUGCACAUUCCGGACCUGAGCUCCUUUGCCAUGCCACUCCUGGAUGGAGAUGUGGAGAGUUCGGAAAAGCACUCUUCUCGGAAGGUGGACAGUCCCUUUAGCUCAGGCAGCCCUUCCAGAGGACUCUUCUACAGGGGCCCCCAGCCUCGGCCCUCCAGCCCUGUGUCUGCUCCUGUGAGACCCAAGACAAGCCCUGGCUCUCCCAAAACUGUGUUCCCAUUCUCCUACCAGGAGUCCCCUCCACGCUCGCCACGCCGUAUGAGCUUCAGUGGGAUCUUCCGCUCCUCGUCUAAAGAGUCUUCACCCAACUCCAACCCCUCUACCUCUCCCGGGGGCAUCAGGUUCUUCUCACGGUCCAGAAAAACCUCCAGUGUCUCCUCUUCUCCAUCAACACCCACCCAAGUGACCAAGCCACACCCGUUUCCCCUGGAGUCCUACAAGCAGGAGCCUGAACGCCUAGAAAACCGCAUCUAUGCUUCCUCAUCCCCACCGGACACCGGCCAGCGCUUCUGCCUGGCGUUUCAGAGUCCAGUGCGGCCUCCUCUGGCAUCUCCCACUCAUCAUGUCCCCCUAAGAAACGCGGCGCUGGCGGCGGCCCCGGGACCCGCGGAAGCCGGCAUGCUGGAGAAACUGGAGUUCCAGGAGGAAGCAGAAGACUCAGAAAGUGGUGUUUAUAUACGAUUCAUGAGGUCACACAAGUGUUAUGACAUCGUUCCAACUAGUUCAAAGCUUGUUGUCUUCGACACCACAUUGCAAGUUAAAAAGGCCUUCUUUGCCUUAGUAGCCAACGGAGUCCGUGCAGCGCCUCUGUGGGAAAGUAAAAAGCAGAGCUUUGUAGGAAUGCUCACUAUUACAGACUUCAUAAACAUACUGCACAGAUACUAUAAAUCACCUAUGGUACAGAUUUAUGAAUUAGAGGAACAUAAGAUUGAAACGUGGAGGGAGUUGUACUUACAAGAAACUUUCAAGCCUUUGGUGAAUAUCUCUCCAGAUGCAAGCCUCUUCGAUGCUGUGUACUCGUUGAUCAAAAAUAAAAUCCACAGAUUGCCAGUUAUUGACCCUAUCAGUGGGAAUGCACUUUAUAUACUUACCCACAAAAGAAUCCUCAAGUUCCUCCAGCUUUUUAUGUCUGAUAUGCCAAAGCCUGCCUUCAUGAAGCAGAACCUGGAUGAACUUGGAAUAGGAACGUACCACAAUAUUGCCUUCAUUCACCCAGACACUCCCAUCAUCAAAGCCUUGAACAUCUUUGUGGAGAGACGGAUAUCAGCACUGCCUGUGGUGGAUGAGUCAGGAAAAGUUGUAGAUAUUUAUUCCAAGUUUGAUGUAAUUAAUCUUGCUGCUGAGAAAACAUAUAAUAACCUGGACAUCACGGUGACCCAGGCCCUGCAGCACCGCUCACAGUAUUUUGAGGGUGUGGUCAAGUGCAGUAAGCUGGAAACACUGGAGACCAUCGUGGACAGGAUAGUAAGAGCCGAGGUCCAUCGGCUGGUGGUAGUGAAUGAAGCAGAUAGUAUUGUGGGUAUUAUCUCCCUGUCAGACAUCCUGCAAGCCCUGAUCCUCACACCAGCAGGUGCCAAGCCGAAGGAGACAGAGGCCGAAUGACCACUGUAGAUGCCCUCACAGGAGAACUUGAACAAAGUCUCGGGGUCACAUUUUGCCUCAUGAACACUGGCUGCAAUAGAAGAAAUUAAAAUGGCUAAGAAUGUAUAUCAGGGUUUGGCGAUGGGUAUUUUUCCAGUGAUUUGUAAGCAUAGGAAAAGAUUUUAUGUGCUUGAAGAAGAUUCAGGCUUGCGUUCAAAGACUGUCCUCAGACCCCCGUCCGAGGGAUUUUCAAUGCUGUAUGUCAUUAAAGUGCACUGUGUCCUGAAAUUAGUACUACUUUUCAUUUCAAAGCAGUUACUGGGAUGGAACAGGUGACCAGAAGUGAGUGAAGGGCACGUCCACACCACGUGCCUUACGUCCAAACACGCAGUGUGUCCCCGCCGCUGCCACACGCCCCAAAGUGCUGCUGAAGAGACACUCAGCCCAAUGUGAACGUCUUCAAACCUUUUAACCAGUCUCUCUCUCUCCCCUCAAUUUGCUGAAAAUUUGUAAUUUUAAUAUAGGCAGCUGAAAACUGGAGGUGACGGGUCUAAGUGGUGCGUGACUUGUUCUGGCUACUGUGUCAGUGAGGCUGGCUUGGUAACAACAGUUUAUUUUUACUCUCAUGCAGUUUUUUUUUUUUUUACACCUUUUGGUGAAUGGACUUCACCAAACCUACAAAUAAAAUCUUGGUCUCUGAAA